GUAGUUUUUCAAACGGAGCUGGCUCGAGUUAAACUUUUCCGAUAGUCCAUGCUGAUAUUUAUGCUUCAUGGAGAUUGAACAAACUUAAUUGUUUUUAUUUAUGUGUUAAAACUAGACGUCCUUAGAUUUAUUUGAUCUGCCAUUCACCAAUUUGUGUGUGUGUGUCUUUGUAAUAUUUAGUUGUUUCAAAAAACAGUAAUCGUCCACCAUCUUUGCUUUCGACAAGACCUUAUUUUAAUGGUCUAUCGAACGGAUGCUGGGUGCCCGCCGGGAGUGGAAUGGAUCAGAACCAUGGCCCACUGUAAUCUACGCUCGCCCGCCUCCUCGCCCCACGAUGACGUCAACCUGGGCCCUUCAGCGAACCCUCACGCCAAGCCUACUGACUUUGACUUCUUGGCUGUCAUUGGCAAAGGGACCUUCGGAAAGGUCCUGCUCGCCAAGCUCAAAGCCACCAAGCAGUUCUACGCUGUCAAAGUGCUGCAGAAGAAAGUCAUCUUGAAGAAAAAGGAGCAAAAAAACAUCAUGGCAGAGCGAAACGUGCUGCUAAAAAGCCUGAAACACCCCUUUCUGGUUCGGCUACACUACUCCUUCCAGACCGCAGAGAAGCUUUACUUCGUCCUCGAUUAUGUGAACGGAGGAGAACUCUUCUUCCACCUGCAGCGUGAGAGGUGUUUCUCGGAGCCCAGAGCGAGAUUCUACACCGCGGAGGUCGCGAGCGCUAUCGGUUACCUUCACUCCCUCAACAUUGUCUACAGAGAUCUGAAGCCAGAGAAUAUCCUCUUAGAUUCUCAGGGCCACGUGGUGCUGACAGAUUUUGGCUUGUGCAAAGAAGGCGUGGCGCCAGAGGGAACCACUUCGACUUUCUGUGGAACACCGGAAUACUUAGCGCCAGAGGUUCUUCGCAGGGAACCUUAUGACAGGACAGUUGACUGGUGGUGUCUUGGAGCUGUGCUCUAUGAGAUGAUAUACAGUCUGCCUCCUUUCUACAGCCGUGACGUCGGAGAAAUGUACGACGGGAUUCUCCAUCAGCCUCUGCUCCUCCCACCGGGGAAGUCCGAGGCCGUGUGCUCCCUGCUGGAAGGUCUCCUGCAGAAGGACCGGCACCGACGCUUCGGGGCCAUCGCCGACUUUUUAGAAAUCAAGAACCACACCUUUUUCUCGCCGAUCAACUGGGAUGACAUUUACCACAAGAGAAUCACUCCUCCCUACAACCCAAAUGUGAGGGGCCCGGCCGACACUCAGCACAUCGACCCCGAGUUCACCCGAGAAAUGGUUCCGAAUUCGGUGAGUCGGACGCCGGAGUUCAACGCCAGCACGAGCUCCGGCAGCGCCUUCAACGGCUUCUCCUACGCGGCCAGCGAGGACAGCUUUUUGUGAGCGAACACAACGCGCGGAGGGCUAACGGAGAACAUGAAAUGUGGCCCUUAGUCUCGUGCGUUGACGUAGACGACGACACCGGGAGAAGUUGCUCGAUGUGAGGUUUCGAUAUCGCGGCCCGACUGGUAACGGAACGACUGGGGCGGGAAGAGCCGCAUUUUAUCCGGUCCAGUUUUAUCUUCUGAAGUACAGCGAGGAGGAGGUGGCGAAUGUCAACGAUGUGAUCAUUCUGUUAUUGUUUGUCUGCUGCUUAGCGAACAAGUGCAAGGAUGAAAACCGAAAGUUCGACGGUAUGCGUGUUUAAUGGACCGGUUCUUCCGCACCAAACUCAUCCGAGCGUGCCCUUUUGGCCCGGGUUUGUGCACCUGUGAACAACAACAACAAAAAAAGAGGCCUUCCCCAAAGAUUAUAGUUGUUGCGAGCGUACAGUUGUCUUGUAAAGAUGAUGAAUCAACAUUCAGGGGCAACGAAUGGUUUGAGUCCAACCUCCGAUGAAUUCGUGUUUGAAAUGAAGAGGCACGUCUCAAUGCGUUCGUCCGUAUUGUAUAUUCCUUACCGGCUUUAAAGACUGUUAUUUUAUUUUUUUUUAGCAGCUCUGUGUAACGUCCCAUUUUUCACACUGGAUUGAAUCCAUAUGGUGAAUGUCUUGCGCGGCGAUGUUCUUAUGCGAACUGGCUUGCAGUGUGGACUCAGAUCUAUAAAAAUGUGCCUAAAAUGUAUUUUUCAAGCCAUAAUGAGAAGAACAUUGGGAUUUGUUAAGGGGGCUUGAAAACAAUUACAUGAACAAAACAACGCAUUUAUAUAGCAUUUGUCAUUUGUGUACUGUCUCACUGUUUGCUUCUGUAUUGUGCCAUGUGAAUGGGUUAAAAGGUAUACUGUAUUGUGAAGGUUUAUGAAUAUCGUUUAUUGAUCCAGCUUAGUGAUGUGCGCAAUAAUGCAUGUUUGGCAGCUUUGCAGUAGUGCUAAUUACUUUCUGUCAAAAAAUAUUCAUGUCACUUGUCAUGAUUAGUGGUGCUUCGUGUUAGCAGGGAGGAACAAAUAAAUUUUCCAUGA